CGGGUGGCCUCGUCUGAGAUGAAGGGGCUAAGCGGAGGCACAACACCAGCCAAUUCUUGCCACGCCUUCGCAAUGGUUGGCUCAAGGCGAGGGGCUUUCCAAUCCGUUGGAGAUCGCAUCGCAGGUCUGCCUCGCAGGCAGCGCCAGCCGCAGAGAUGGCGGUGAACCGCGAGAAGGAGGUCUACUUCGCGAAGCUUGCGGAGCAGGCGGAGCGCUACGACGAGAUGGCGACGCACAUGGAGGCAGUGGGGAAGUCGGGGGACGAGCUUUCGGUUGAAGAGCGCAACCUCCUGUCCGUGGCCUACAAGAACGCCGUGGGUUCGCGCCGCGCUGCGUGGCGUAUCAUCACCAGCGUGGAGCAAAAGGAGACCAGCAAGGGCAACGAGGAGAACGCGAAGUUUGCAAAGGAAUAUUGCAAAAAAGUGGAAGCCGAACUCGAUGAGAUCUGUAACAAGAUCCUUGCUGUGUUGGACGGCAGUCUCAUCGGGAAGGCGAGUACAGGCGAGUCGAAGGUCUUCUACCAGAAGAUGAAGGCCGACUACUACCGUUACAUUGCCGAAUACACCUCUGGCGACCAAAAGGCGAAGGCUUCGAAUGAUGCCAAAGAAGCCUACGAGGAAGCGCAAGCGAUUGCCACCAAGGACCUGGCAGUGACGCACCCGAUCCGCCUCGGCCUUGCGCUGAAUUUCUCCGUGUUCCAGUACGAAGUGUUGGCGAAUCCCGACGAGGCGUGCAAGAUGGCGCGCACCGCUUUCGAGGACGCGAUCGCGGAGCUCGACAACGUCGCGGAGGACUCGUACAAGGACUCCACCCUCAUCAUGCAGCUGCUCCGCGACAACCUGACGCUCUGGACCUCGGACCAGGAGGGCGAGCCGUGAGGGGAAGCGGGCGCACCUAGGCGCAGAAUUCGUUGGGCUUUGCCGGGGCACCGAGCCAGCAGCCCAUCUUUUCAACCUUCGGCGGCGAACGAACGAGGGGGAGGGGGCGCAGCGAGAAGGAGAAGGCCCUUUCUCAGAAGGCGGCGGGACUUCGCGGAAGUCCUCGGGCCUUCUGGGAGUUUUUUUUCUAUGCCUUCGAGGGAGACUCCGC